AUGCCCCAGGAAGUGUCCCGCUUGCUCGUCGUGGAGCUGCUUUUCCGUGCCAAGAGCGCCUUCGUCGACCUGUCACACGUCAUCACCUCCGUCUCGCAGUUCCUGGACUCGUCGGUCGAGUUGCCGCUGCACAAGGCCUGCGCCUUCGAGUCUCUGCGACUGCUGGAGCGCAUCCGGGUCUCCACUCAAGCCUAUCGCAAGCAAAAACGCGGCGGCAACGACUGGUCUCUUCGCAAACUCCUCCUAUCCGACCGCUUCUACCGCCACUACCAGUUCAACCAGUCGCUGCAGGAGGUAGUGAAGCGUAAAGACUUCAACUUGGUCAAGUGGCUGUCCGCCCAUUUCCAGGGCGUUGCCAUCGUGCCCCAAGUGGCGACCACAGCCGCCAGUGUCGGGGCCAUGGAAAUCUUGCAGUUUUUCCUUGAUAACGACAAUUCUUCGCAUAGGAGGCAGCUACAAUCGACAAACCCCACCAAACAAAUUGUCGUGGGGCAUCGAGUUCAAUGGAGCAAGGACGCCCUAGAGGUGGCGGUGCUACACGGCCAUAACAACGUCAUGUGGUGGCUAUUGCAACACACCCCAAGCGUGAGAUACGAUAAGAGCAAGGCUUUUGAGUACGCUGUGAAGAACGGGGACAUCGCCCUGGCAGAGUGGCUACUGUCUCAUGGUGCCGCCUUGCGGCUGCAGAUCCAAGGGCGCCGUUUAGUGCACGAGGUUGCAGCUCAAGGCCGCCUUGAUGUGCUCAGGUGGCUGGAGAAGGAGGAACUGGUUUCGAUUAGUUGCGGAGUGGUAAUGGUGGCAGCGGAGAAUGGACACUUGGAUGUGGUGCGCUGGCUGCUGGAUCUGAAUGCCGGAAGAAGUGACAAACUGGGGGGAGAGGCCAGUCUGGCAAUUCACACCGCGGCGGUGAACGGGCUUCUUGACCUCGCCAAGUACCUUCGAGCGCGCGCGGAAACACCUCGAAAUGCUUGCCAGUGUGCGGUGGAAACGUGGUGA